AUGGCUUCUCCAUCAGACACAAAUUGGUAUUUGGACAGCGGUGCCACUCAUCAUAUGACAACCGAUGCCUGCUCUAUGCCUCCUCAUUCUCCUCCCAGACAUAAUGACCAAGUCAUUGUUGGUAAUGGUGAAUCUUUGCAUAAACAGUUACUAUAUAUCGCCAAAUUCACUCGUGGUAAUCUUGGUCCAUGUGAAGAUGGUCUAUAUCCUAUCCCACCGGUCCUUGCCUCCAUAAUUUUCACCGGCUCGAAAUUUGCUCUUGCCUAUUUGUUUGCUUCCUCAUCACUUUGGCAUCAUCGUUUAGGUCAUCCAUCUAAUCACGUGCUUCGCAUUUUCAGAGUGAUGGGGGAGGAGAAUUUAAUCUAUUUCAUCAAUUUUGUGCUAGAAAAGAACGCAAGCAUCGUCAUAAAUCUGAAAUGGGUUGCACUCUACUUCUCAUAG